AUGAAGUAUGCCGUAAAGAGAAUAAACUUCCAGGGUCAGGAGUCAGAGAGGACACAAGCCCUGAGGGAGGCAGAACUCCUGGCUAAAGUCCGACAUGAACACAUCCUCAAUUAUAUUGAGUCGUUUGAAGAUGAUGAGUGUUUGAAUAUAGUAACAGAGUAUUGUGAUGGGGGUGACCUUGAAGUCUAUAUAAGAAAUAGGAAUGGGAGAAGUCUGCCUGAAGUUCGUGUAUGUCACUGGAUCUACCAGAUAGCAUAUGGUCUGCAGUACCUUCAUGGACAGAAGAUUCUCCAUCGAGAUCUGAAAGCCAAAAACAUUUUUUUAAUGAGUGACCUCUCUCUGAAGCUUGGAGACCUGGGGAUUGCAAAGUUACUUGAGCUUAAUCAAAGUAAAGCCGAGAGUUUCGUUGGGACACCAGCCUACAUGAGUCCAGAAUUAUUCAAACAUUUACCUUACAAUCACAAAUCUGAUAUAUGGAGUUUUGGGUGUUGUUGCUAUGAAAUGGUAGCCCUACAGAAAGCCUUUGGAAAUGAGAGUUUGUUUGCCUUGUGUAAGAAAGUCUGCAGUGAUGAGAGACCACCCUUUCCAUCUCAGUACAGUGAGAGUCUGAAGUCAAUUGUAUAUUCUAUGUUAGAUGAGGAACCAGACUGCAGACCUAGUGCUGAUGAUAUUGUUAGAAAUGUGUACAUCAAAAAGAGGCUAACUGAACCAAUAGAUAAAAGCAACUCACCAGACAGACAGAGAAGAAAAGAUCAGCCAAAACUGAGGGAAGGUCAAAGCAAAACCCACUCAGCAAGAGAGAGAAGAAGGAAAAUGGCUGAACAAAAAUAUCAAACAAUGUCUCAUGCUUGGCUUGCCAUCAAACGACAGAUAGAUACACACCGAAAAGACAAACAGAGGAAAUGUGUUAGUCGCACCAUGGAGAAGAUGAAGAAACUAAAAUUGAGCCCUGUCAAACAGGAGAGUGAUGAUACAGCCUCAAGCAUUUACAGUAACCACAGCGACACAGCUGAUUAUGAUGUAGAUGAUCCAAUCAGAUACUUGCUUAGUGACGAUGAAGACAAUACACUAAUUAUUGACAGAGUUCAAAGGACAAAUAAUGAAGUUCAUCAUAAUGGAGACACAGGUUCGCAUAAGUCCAGUAUGGAUGAUGUGUUUGCUGUAAGGGAGCAAGUAACAAAAAUGACUAGGGACCCAGAUCAAGCUGCCAAGUUAAUGGUGCAAGGAAUGAGGGAUCAGUUAACACCAUUUCAGUAUAAUGGCACACCAUUUCCUAUAAGACAGAGUCCAGAAAUGAAAAUACAGGAAUAUAUAUCUGACAGUAAAGGUGCACAAAAGACGAAAAAGAAGAAAAAGAUUCUCGCCAAAAUUGCAAAUGAGAAGAAGAGGAGAGAGAGCAGCAGCAGUGACACAGGGCUAGGGAUGACCUCGGGAGAGUCGUCUCCAACCCUACAAAAUGUCAAAUUUGGGCAGGAUUCUGUGAGACUCUUUACACAUGGUCAACAAGUUACUUUCAACAGGGGCAUGUCCAACAGCAGUGAUGAAAGGGAGGAAAGCACAGUGAAAGAAAAAUGUGUGCCAUUUGAACAGAAGAAGAUAUCAGAAUCUAUGAAGGGAAUUUUCGCAAUGAUAGGGAAUAUGGAUACUGAGUCAGUCAUAUUAGAAAUCAGCAAAAUUCGAAGCGAGGUAGGAAAUGCCAUAGGCAGAGACAGCUUGCAGAAAUGUUACGAUGUCAUGGCCAACGUGGAGGAUGUAGCACUAGUCAAGGGAGACGGCUACAACUCCUUAGGAUCUCCGUAAUGGUGCAAAUGCGGGAGUGAUUCACUCCCGCAACAUUUGCACUCAUUCUAAACAUUUCCUGACUUUCUUUACGUAAAUAAAAUGAUAUUCUAUGUUUCUUAGUCAAUAUAUAAAUUUACAACCUUCAACUUUAGAUUUGUGAGGCUCUAUUCUACCGUUUUCAACAAUUUCGAUAAAUUCCAAUUCUUCGAUUCAUAUUUGUGUGCCAUGUUUGAUGUACUGAAGUUUCAACUUCCGAUUGUCAAGUCAUUUGCAUAUGCCAUAUAAGGUAGUAUUUACAUCAAUGGACAAGUAUGGAGGAAAGCUAUUUCGUCGGUAUUGAAAAGGUUUGAAUUAAAUAUCAAGUUAAAAACCGAACAGCAGAGUGUAAAUUCUUUCUGCAACAAUAUGAUUUUCCUUUCUUUGUCGAAGUGGCUCGAGUAACUACAUUUUCGCGCUGAUUGUCAAUGUUUAGGCUUUCAUUAGAUCCACCUACGAGAUCUCGCGAUAACAAGCAUGGCGGAGCAGACGAAGAAUUUUGCAUGCUGUAUAUUAUAUUUAAUGAAAAACACCUUUAUUAGACAUGCCCGAGCACAAAGUUGGUACUCCUUUUGGUGUAAACAACAUUUGGGACUAAUACACAGAGUUUAUUAUCGGUUAUUCAUAAAAUUAUUUUGCACCAUUACGGAGAUCCUAUGGAAUUGUAGCCCUAUCCCGAAAACGUCAGAAUAAAAAAAAAAUUGGAUAGGGCUACAUUAUUGCAGCUAGGUCACAGUAACCGAAAAUAGAUUAAAAACUUCAGACAAAUAUGGUUUCUGGACAGUAACUUGAAAAGUUUAAAACUGAAAUUAGUUCUUCACAAUUAUAAAUAUGCCACAUCAUUCCUGACUUUACAAUGUAUCCCAUGCAACUCGGCUUGUGCACCCCUGAGUGCAUAUAUUGAUUUUAUUUGACUAAAUAAAGUAGAUUUGAAAGUUUUCAAUUUCAAAAUAUUGUUGUACAUAUCCUCCACUUUUCACCCAUAUCAAAUUUCUCUGGUGUAGCAUACAGUGCUCAACAGUGUAGUCAGCAUUAAGUUUGCUCCUAGUUAUACCCCCCGCAACAAGUUGUGGGGGGGUAUACUGGAAUCGGGUUGUCCGUCUGUCUGUCCGUCCGUCCGUCUGUAGAUGCAAUGGUUUCCGGGCUCUAAAGCAUUAUCCUUUCCACCUACCGUCACCAUAUCAUAUAUAUGGACUACCCAUGGGAUGAAGAUGUUCCCUAUUGAUUUUAGGGUCCAAAGGUCAAGCGCACUGGACAUCGAAGUAGCAAUAUGGUUUCCGGGCUCUAAAGCGUUAUCCUUUCCACCUUCAGUCACCAUAUCAUACAUAUGGACUACCCAUGGGAUGAAGAUGUUCCCUAUCGAUUUUGGGGUCAAAAGGUCAAAGGUCAAGCGCACUGGACAUCAAAGUAGCAAUAUGGUUUCCGGGCUCUAAAACGUUAUCCUUUCCACCUACAGUCACCAUAUCAUACAUAUGGACUACCCAUGGGAUGAAGAUGUUCCCUAUUGAUUUUGGGGUCAAAGGUCAAGCACACUGGACAUCGAAGUAGCAAUAUGGUUUCCGGGCUCUAAAGCAUUAUCCUUUCCACCUACAGUCACUAUAUCGUACAUAUGGACUACCCAUGGGAUGAAGAUGUUCCCUAUUGAUUUUGGGGUCAAAGGUCAAGCGCACUGGACAUUGAAGUAGCAAUAUGGUUUCCUGGCUCUAAAGCGUUAUCCUUUCCACCUACAGUCACCAUAUCAUACAUAUGGACUACCCAUGGGAUGAAGAUGUUCCCUAUUGAUUUUGGGGUCAAAAGGUCAAAGGUCACGUGCACUGGACAUCGAAGUAGCAAUAUGGUUUCCAUUUCAAUUCUUUAAUGGCUUUUUUCAUCGCAUGGAGAUGCUGUGUUCCUAGAUACCUUUUGGAUCAUAAUACUGAAGUUUUACAUAUAUUACCAACACCCUUUGGGAGAUUGGGGUAAGCGGGGGGUAUUCUUAGUGAGCAUUGUUCACAGUACCUCUUGUUAUUUCCAGUUCCUUUUCACAGAAUCUGUUGUGACAAAGUUUUAAAACUUACAGAUUUUAUGUCCAUAACUAAAUGUUGCUGUUAGGAAUGUGCAGUUUUACAGUUUUACAAUUUUACAGUUUUGGACUAACUUCUAGUGAAAAUAGCAAAAAUUGAACUGCAACCAAAAUAAGGCCAUGUAAUGAAUACAUAUACAGUAUGCAUUGUUGUUAAUGCCUGUCUGGAAACAUCAUGCAUGCACACAUCUGUAGUUGAGUGGCAUAAUUAUUGUGAAUAGGUGCAUUUUACAUUGUAUAUAAAUAUAUAUUAUAUAUAUAUAUAUGUAUAUGUGUAUGUAUAUAUAUAUAUAUAUAUGUGUGUGUAUGUAUAUAUAAAGCACUAAAAAUGACCAACAACAUGAACAACUAGUGAAUUGUUAAAUUUCGGGACGACCUGUCCCUUCUUCAGGACAAUAGAAUAUUUACAUAGAAAA